AUGGGAAUUGUUUUGCUAGUAUUUGAGAGUGUUUCUCCACAGAAUUGCGGGUGGCCAACAGAUUUGUGCUGCAGCAAAUCGGGUUUCUGUGGAAUUGGAACUGUUUACUGCGGAGAUGGAUGUCUAGAAGGGCCAUGUUAUUCCCCUCUCCUUUCUCCACCUCCCUCCACUUCCACUUUUACUCCAAGUGCCCAAAGCCUAAUCCCAUUUUCUUCUACCAUUAUACUGAUUUCUGUCCUGGCCAGUUCGUUCGCCAUAUUUGGUUUCGUAAUAUUCAUACUAACUAGGUGGGUCAUCAAUAAUUGCAGAGGUGAUGGCAAAAAGAGCGACGAGGAGCUGAACGAAUCGCUUCGCCUGGCUGUUUUACCCGCUACUCCAUUCGCAUAUGAUGACCUCAGCGCUGCCACCCAUAACUUCAGUGAGGAUGAGAAGAUUGGAGAGGGUGGCUUCGGGAGUGUAUACAGAGGCACUUUACCUGGCACAAACGAGGCUGUGGCGGUGAAAAGAAUAUCUCCAACGGCCAGACAAGGUAAGAAAGAGUACAUAUCAGAAGUGAUUAUAAACAGUCAACUUACUCACCACAAUCUUGUCAGAUUUCUGGGAUGGUGCCAUCGAAAUGAUGAUUUUCUUCUGGUCUAUGAAUUGCUCCCAAAUGGAAGUCUUGACAAAUACCUAUUUGGGGAGGCAGAGGCUGUUUUGAAUUGGGAUCGAAGAUACAGCAUAGCCUGUGACGUAGCCUCGGCUCUGGUUUAUCUUCACGAGGACCGGCAUAACAGCGUUUUGCAUAGAGACAUCAAGGCGAGCAAUGUGAUGCUGGAUUCGAAGUUCAAAGCGAAACUGGGGGAUUUUGGGAUUGCCAGAGUUGUGGAACGUGAAAGGGGAGGGCAUACAACUGUGCUAGCAGGAACAAUUGGGUACAUAGCACCAGAGGCCGUAAUGACGGGAAAGGCCACUCGAGAGUCCGACGUGUUCAGCUUUGGAGCACUCGCUCUGGAAAUUGCAUGUGGAAGAAGGCCGGCAGAUCGGAGUUUGAUUGAACACAAUUCCAGAGUGGUGGAAUGGGUUUGGCACUUGCAUGGAUGGAACAGAAUUCUUGAUGCAGCAGAUGAGAAACUGGGUGGAAAUUUCAAUUGUGAGGAAAUGGAACGGCUUAUGAAAGUGGGAUUGUUAUGUUCUCACCCCGAUCCCUGCGCCAGACCGCGGAUGGAACAAGUGGUGGGUUUAUUAAAAAGAGGAGCCGAGUUGCCUCAUGUUCCUCUAGAAUAUCCUAUAGCUGUCUAUGGUCACUGUUCUGCUGCCGAUAUCACCUCGUCGUCAACAUCCACCAGCUCAAGUAGCUCCCUGUGA